ACUUCUAGGAAAACCGGAGCUGUAAAAUACUUUCGGAAUUGGAAUUUGCCAAUUUGGAAAGGGAAGGAGUGAAGGACCAGACUCCGGAGCCGGUGAUCUCUGCAGAAAGAAUGUCUUUAUCGUCGGUGAUACUGGUGGGACCAACUCUUCCAGUGACAGGAAGCAGAUAUACACACAUCAGACGCUCAUCACAGACUGUAGUAGAGAAAGCUCUUCCUCUUCAGGUGAGAUGCAAGGCAAUUCAAGAGCAAAGGUCUGUAGACCUAACUAUGCUUACUGCUUCACGAAGAGAUGCUAUGAUCUGCAUGACCACUACUUUUCUGGCUGGAAUCACCCUUUUUGCAACAGAACCUGUUGAAGCACGUGUUCAGAAACAAGAGAACAGGCGGAAGAUCAGAGAGAAGCUCGAUAUGCUCAGAGAAAAGGCUGGACUAUCAAAGUCAAAGACCAAAGACAGGGAUUCAAAGGAAGAAGAGAAAAUGCCAUCUCCACCACCGAAGGAGAAAAUACUUGUGCCACCUCUGCCACCAAAACCCCAAGACACUCCAAAUGCGCCUCUGGUGGAAGCAACUAUCUCAAAGUAACAAAAUAUAUAAGCACCCUUCUUUUGAUCUAUUGUUGUAUUUGGAAUGUUAGUUUCCUUUUCCUUUUCAGAUUAUCAAAGUUUUGAUGUGUCCUAAAUGGUCCAUUGUGUAAUGUUCUUCAACAACACCAUUUAGUGUACUAACUGACGAACUUCAAAACCAGGUUUCAUAGUGCUUUCAGUUUAUCCAUAGUAUCAUUGUUGAUGUUUC